AUUGAGAAAUUCACAGUAAUUAAAAAGUCGUCCAUUACUUUUGAAUAACAGUCUCACCAAUGUAAAGUGAGACGAAAAGGACUUUUGUUUUGCAUUUACAUGACGUCACUAGCCUGCGCUGCGCUACCGCAUCUGUUUGUGUUUCGGCUGAGAAAAGAAAAACCGCUGAAGCGACGGAUGUCCAUGUGACUCAUUAUCAAAAAGAUGGCGUUUAUUAAAGAGGAGAGUGAAGACGUGAAGAUUGAAGAAACAUUCACAGUCAAACAUGAGGAUCCUGAGGAGCAAACAGACCUCAUUGUGCUGAAAAAGGAGAGGCAAGAACUGAGUGAAACGGAGGAGAAGGAUCAUAAUCUUAUUACUGGAAAAUAUUUGAUUUGCUCACAGACAGAAAAAGCUUCCUCACGAGAAAGUGUCCAAAACGACAAACAAAAAACUUUUGCUUGUUAUCAGUGUGGAAAGAGUUUUAGUAACAAAGGAAAUCUUAACGUCCACUUGAAAAUUCACACCGGAAAGAUGGAUUUUACAUGCAAACACUGUGGAAAGCGUUUCAUUAAAAAAGGAUCCCUCCAAAACCACCUGAGAAUUCACACUGGAGAGAAGCCUUACACUUGCAGCCAGUGUGGAUUGAGUUUUGCCGUUAAGACGACUCUUAAUAUCCACAUGAGAAUUCACACCGGAGAGAAGCCUUACACAUGCUCUGAAUGCGGAUUGAGUUUUACACACAAACAAACUCUUAAUAAACAUCUGGAAAAUCACACUGGAGAAAAGCCCUACAAGUGCUAUCAUUGUGGAAAAGGUUUCCGUCUUCCUGUAAACCAUAAAGAACACAUGAAAUCUCACAACGAAGAGAAGCCUUACGCCUGCCGACAGUGUGGAAAACAUUUCCGUUCAAGUGGUUACCUUAAAGAACACAUGAGGUCUCACACCGGAGAGAAGCCUUAUACCUGCCAACAGUGUGGAAAACAUUUCCGUUCAAGUGGUCACCUUACAGUCCACAUGAGAAUUCACACUGGAGAGAGGCCCUAUACCUGCCAACUGUGUGGAAAGAGUUUCAAUCGAAAUGCGCACCUUACGAAACACUUCAAUUUGCACUCGAGAUAAAGGACUCAUUAAAAGGAGAAACUCGCAUGAGAUUUGAGGAGUGGAGAGAAUCUUUUCAGUCAUUUUCAGUGUGGAAAGUAUUUUACAUGUCAACAAGAAUUUAAAGGCAAACCUCUCGAUUUACCUGUCAAUCUACAUUCCUACUCUCACCUAUGGACAUGAGCUUUGUGUCAUGACCAAAAUGACAAGAUCUUGUAUAUAGUAUAUAGUGGCCGAAAUGAAUUUCCUUUGCAAGGUGCACCCUUAUAGAUCUAGGUCACCCAAGAGGAGCUCGGAGUAGACUGGCUGCUCCUCCACAUCAAUAGAAGUGAGCUGAGGUGGCUUGGGCAUCUGUUUCGGAUGCCUCCUGGGCACCUACCUAGGGAUG